GCGGCAUUGACCAAUGAGCGGUCGAGCUGCGGCGGCUAUGGCGUCUGCUGAUUUGCAACCCGCCGAAACAGGAUCGGUGAAGAAGGAGACCUUCGAUCGGUUCGCCAUGGACUGUUCUAGGAUCAGUAAGGUUUAAAUACGACUCUAACCAUAGAGCGAUACAGAAUUGUGUUCAAAAGUGGUCAUCAUUGGUCAUCAACAAGCUGGUGCUUGUGAGAGAGAAAAAGAUGGAUCCGUCUUCAGGCAUGCACAUGUCUGCUGUUCCCCAGAACAAUGAAGUGGUCCACGUCUCUGUCGGUAACCCCAUUAUAACCAUGUAUCAGCCGCAACCACAACCUCCAAACAUUGCACAAAUCAUCACACAGCAUGUGAUACCUCAAGAAGUCUCCUGUCAGGGUAUACCGCACACGAUCCCAUCACACAUCCAAAUGCCAACUCACAUCCAGACUCAGUCACACAUCCAGCCUGCUCCACAUCUGCAGACUCCACAGCAAGGCCACAUGGAAGCACAUGCUCAUAUUCCGACCCAAGACCACGUAUCAACACAAGGUCCAUCAGAAGGCCAGAGUGCCCCGCCGUCUCAAGAUGGUGCAGUAAACUCACUGCAAGUCCCUUUUGCAGAGGUAGCCUCCCUGCUGGACCCUAACAUGAAGAGCUCAAAGGCUCGCAAAUACCAGAUCCAUUACAAUGAGGUGAAGAGGAGAUUGGAACCACCUGAGAAGAUGUCUCUCCGAUCUCUGGCUGCCUACACGAGAGUGAGUCGCGGUCCGGCUAGUAAGAAAACACUCUUGGAGUCUCUAAAUGUCUUUGGUCUGUCACCAAGCACCAAUACAGCAGUAUCCAGUUCCUUUUCCAAACUAACUGAAGGUGACACAGCUGCCCUUUGCAAAGACAUGAAGGAUUUUGCACUGCAAUAUGUCGAUUAUGAGAAUAUGGCGAAACAGCUGCUACCUGAAACAAACCAAGUGCAGCACUGGUCAAAAAUCAUUGAAACAAGGAAUUAUCUAGAGGAGAUGAGGAAGAUUUUUAAUGACCCUCUGAAUACACGUUUGUUCUCCAAUGUUACGCAUGGUCUUGGUAACGGCAUGAUGGAAGUGGCUCUCGAUGUGAUAGAUAACGUCAUCGACCGACAAAUCCGAAUCCUCUCAGGGAACACCGACCCCAAACCCGAACCUCCGGUGAGAAGGAUAAGGAAACGCAACCGCAAGCCCAAAGCGGCCACAGAAGACGGCAAACCUAAAGAAAAGGGCAAAAGGGGACGGAAGAAAGGGAAACAGAUGUGCAUGGAUUCUGUUGUUCCUGAGGUUCAACAGUCCUCAGAGAUGGAGAGCAGCAUGUUAACACUAGUCUCUGUAGGAUACGAAACUAUUUCUAGUGGACUUAACACCACCAAUUCAGGUCUUGUGUAACAUCACGUGCCUGAAAGGUGCAGAGAGUCACUGUGAAUUCUGAGUGCAAAAAGUUUUUCAUAGAAAUAUUUAGUUUUAUAUAUGUUAGACUUCUCUUAUUGUCUCAAGACUGGCUAUAUAUAUAUAUAUAUAUAUAUAUAUAUAUAUACAUACAUACAAUUUUCUCACAAUCUGGUCAAUCAAGAAAAUAAUGUUCUGAGAGGCUGUUGACAGAGAUGUUCUGAUUUAAACCAAUCAUGUAUUGCCCUCAACCUUUUGUUUUUCUGUUUGUGGCAAAGAACACAUGUACACAGACCAUGUAUGCUAUUAAUGUAGCAUGCAACAAUUUGUUUUUCAAGCACUAUGUUGUAUUCACAAUAUCAGUUUCUGUUAGUCUCAUUUUAGAAUUUGAUCUCAGAAGGGUUCUUUGAUUCUGUUGUACUUAAUCUUACAAACUCUUUGGUUUGCAAUUUAGUUUGAGAAUGAACAUAUCUUCUCUUGGACAUUGUUUGAUUUUUUUUUUUGGACUAUUUAUUUUCUUUUUCUGUUUUGUGUCCUAUAUUUAGUGUAUGUGAAUGACUGUAGCCUGUACUCUGUAAGUUUUGCAGAUUGCUCAUCAUAUGCUUGAAUUAAAAGCAUUACCUUUUUUAA